AUGAGAAAGCAAAGAGAGAAUGAUAUUCAACAUUUCAUGGAUUCCAGUAAAUUAGUGCAAGCAAAACACACCUUAAUGAUGGGUGAAGAACUCCAUGAUGAUAUUGAACUAAAGAAUGUCAAAUUUGAUUCUGUUGAAAGUUUUCAAAAAGCAAAGAAUGAAAUUCCCUCAGUUGACAUUAGUGAAGGUUUGGAACAAAUAGAACAAGCUAAAGCUAUUCAAGAUAUCAAAAUAGAUAUUUUACUUGGUCAAAUUCAACAAGUUGGUGGAAUUGCCAAUUCAUUUUCUGAUGAUUUGGAUAAACAAGCUCAAUUAUUAUAUGAUAUGAGUUCACAAGUUGAUAAAUAUAAUAAUCAUUUGGAUUGA